AUUACAAUUAUAUAUACGACUAUAGCGCAGUCUGUAUUGGUAUACUGCAGUGUUUUGUGAGCUGUUAGUUUCUUCCACUUUCGUCAAGUUUUGGAGGUAAUAUUAACAUAAUGGACACCCAACGGGAAGAAAAGAUUGCCGCGGCAAAACGAAAACUCAGGCAGUUUAAACAAAAGAAACAUAAAGCCAAAAAGGCAGCAGUACCAUCAACAGAUGAAAACCAACCAAAUACUGCUUUGCCUUCUCUUGUUUCUGAUGAUGCGUCUUCAGUUGCAAGUGAAGAUAUAGUUACACCGGUGUCCUACCAACAGGAUAUUACAACACAUAAUGAAAAACCUUUGGAUACAAGCCGCAUAUCUGAUUGUACAGAUACUAAAAACUCAAGUCAAACAAAGUAUACUGACAAUGAAAAUGUUGUAAUACAUGGGGAACAUUUAUCAUUGCAAGAAGAAGUAAAUGCCCUGAACAGUAUCCAGCAAAAUAACUCUAAUAAUAGUAUUGGUGAUACCAAUUCUGACAUUUAUACAAAUGGAGACUCACAGCAAACUGUAGAAGAGAAUGUUACUACCGUGGUAAAUGAAAGUCCCUAUGAAGAAAAACAGCCACUUUCAACCAGUGUUAACACCUCCAUUUACAAUGGAAACCCAGAAAGUAACAGAAGUGACUUGGCAACUACUGAAAGCUUGAUUCAAAUAUCAAACAAACUAAACGAACUUGCUGCUGAAGCACAAUCUGUAUCAAGUAAUGAUGUGAAAAAAGAUGACUCCAUAGUUUCAGUCCUUACUAAUCGAAACCAGGAGUUGUCCAAACAAAUAUGUGAGCUUACCCAACAUAAGCAACAACUGCUUUUACAAGUUAAUCAACUGAAUCAUCAGAUGCAUGAAAUGCAAGUCAAACUGGAAAAGGAAGAACACCAGCUUCAUGCACGUAGUGUAAAAGAGGAGAGUUCCCUACGCCAGCAAAUACAGGUUCAAAUGCAAACGAUCGGGAUUCUUGUAGCAGAGAAGCAGGAGCUGCAGCAUCAGGUACAUGAAGCUCAACAGUCAUCCGCACAUCAUAGGAACUCUCAUCAGAGACUUAGUGAACAACUCCAAGAAUCAAAAAGGAAACUACAAUCUAAUGAUCUUGAAAUGAGAACAAAAGAUGGCGCUAUCAGUCUUCUCCAGACGACUAAAGCUGACAUAGAGAAGGAAAGAGAAGAGCUUCAAAUAUCUGUCAAUAAAAUAAACAAAAUAAAAGAGGAACACAAGAUGCAUGCGAGUGAACUCACACAGAAGCUUGCAGUCAAGGAAAGCGAAUGCCAUGAAUUGAACAACGAACUCUCAGAUUUAAAUGAAAAACUUUCCAUGGCAGAAGUUCUUUUACAGCAGCUCUCCAGUCCCUCUAGUGAUCAACAGGCACAGCAACAGCUAACCGAAAUGCAGGAAGAAAGAGAUUCACUUGCACAAAAGUUAACUGAGUAUCAGCAAUCAUUUGAACAUCUAACAAGGGAAAGGGAGCAAUUAUCAAGGCAGUAUGAAGAGGUGAACAAACAGAAACAUAAACAAGUGGAUCAACUUACUGAUGAGGUGAAUUAA